AUGAGUACUAUCCGUAUAAAUCGCGCUCAAUCAGCUUAUCAUCGACCGAGCCGUCAACCUACUACGAAUGUUCAAGCUUCACAUGUUAAACAACGUCCUACUACCAGUAUGAAUACAUCUGAACCUGAAACCAAUGUAUUGAGUGUACCUGCAUGGAGAACAUUAAAUCCAUCGGCUCCUUCAGGACCUAUAAAUAGCUGGCAACGACCAAAAACAACUAGUAUAAGUACAAUAACAAGUACACAAAUUUCAGCAGAUAGUUAUCAUCCAAAUGAAAUAGAACGUCUUUUGCGAUGUCUCGAUCGUAAUGACAAACGUAUUGUUCACGUUGAUUGUUUAGCUGAUUAUAGAAGACUUGUACAAACAAUUGAUAUACGUAGCACACUUCUUGAUCGUAAAUCAUUAUGUGCUUUACAACAACGUGAAAAUCGUAUUAUACAACGAAAUGCUUGUCGUGAUGUACGUUUUCAUUCCUUGUUGGAUGCACUUGCACCAUCACAUGCGAUGGGAAUUGAACAAAAUAAUUCGAAUAAUACUAAUCAUAAUAAUGUUUCAGAAAUAUCAAUCGAAUGA